CAGCAACACUGCGCAUGAGCGUGAAUACACUCGAGGGCAGGGGUCAAACAAGCCUAACCACCCAUCUCUACAAACAGAGCGUUGGAAUCAUCACAUCAGGCUAGGCUAGUUUCAGUUUCACUGGUGAAACAGCACUUUUUCCAUCACCGAAUCUGCUGUCAGUUCAGGCAAACAUUGUGGAAAUCUUGAUUGUCUCAAAUAUGCGCUGGUUUCGCAUUUAUUUACUUCUGUACGGUGUUUUAUGUGGUGCAGCAUAUAGAGAGCCAGUGUCUGUGAUGGAGGGAGAUUCAGUCACUCUAAAAUAUCAUACAGAAAGAAAAAAACAUGGAGAAAUGAUAUGGUAUUUUAAGAACAUUAGCAUUGCUGAAAUCACUGGAGAUCAGAGCAAGAUCUGUACAGAUGUUCAGUGUAAAGAGAGAUUCAGAGACAGACUGAAGCUGGAUCAUCAGACUGGAUCUCUGACCAUCAUGAACACCAGAACCACAGACUCUGGACUUUAUGACGUAUGGAUCUCCAGCAGAAUUCAUGGCACUGGAGAACCCUACUCUAUUGUUGUUCGUGGUUUGUCUGGUGUAGAUAAAGAUGCAGUGCCACUGAUGGAGGGAGAUUCAGUCACUCUAAAAACUGGUGUUCAAGCAAACCAACAAGAGAAGAUUAAAUGGUAUUUCAAUAACAUUCGUAUCGCUCAAAUCACUGUAGAUCACAGUUUUAUCUGUACAGAUGUUCAGUGUAAUAAAGGCACCGAGAGAUUCAGAGACAGACUGAAACUGGACAAAAAGACUGGAUCUCUGACCAUCACAAACACCAGAUCCACAGACUCUGGACUCUAUCAACUACAGAUCAUCAACAGCAGAAGCACCAUCAAGAAGAGGUUCAUUGCUACUGUCGCAAAUGUGUCUGGUGUUGAUACAGAUGAAGUGCCAGUGUCUGUUAUGGAGGGAGAUUCAGUCACUCUACACACUAACGUUCAAUCAAACCAACAAAAAAAUAUUGUAUGGUAUUUUAAUGACAUUGGCAUCACUCAAAUCAGUGGAGAUCUCAGUAAUAUCUGUACUGUUGAUCAGUGUAAAGAGAGAUUCAGAGACAGACUGAAGCUGGAUAAUCAGACUGGAUCUCUGACCAUCAUGAACAUCACAAACACACACUCUGGACUCUACAAACUAACCAUCAUCAGCAGCAGGACCAUCAUCAGGAAGAAAUUCCAAAUUUCUGUUCGUGAUGUUCUUGCUUCAGAACGAGAUAAAAUGAAGAGGAAGUCAGUGAAGGAGGGAGAGUCUGUCACUUUAGAUCCUGGUCAAGUACAAAAAACAAAUAAUUCGAUUAUGUGGUAUUUUAAUGACACUCUCAUCGCUGAAAACACUGGAGAUCAGAGUCAGAUCUGUACAGAUGAUCAGUGUAAAGAGAGAUUCAGAGAUAGACUGAAGCUGGUUCAUCAGACUGGAUCUCUGACCAUCACACACACCACAAACACACACUCUGGAGAAUAUCAACUAGAGAUCAGCAACAUCAGAUUCAGCAUCAUGAAGAACUUCAGUGUUACUGUCACUGCUGUUGUAGCAGGGACACAUGCUGUCGCUGUCCCCGUCGCUGUUGUUCUUAGUGUUCUGCUGCUUGCUGCUGCUGCUGCUGCUGCUGCUGUGAUUUACAGACGCCACGCAGACCACAGUGCAACAGCAUUGGGCAACAGUAUGGAUCCCCCUUCUAGGGGUGACUUACAGAUGGAUGGCGAUUCCUCUUAUCUGCCUGUGCCCGAGGCUGGCAUUGAGACACCAAGUAGAGACCACAGUAAUCAACAUUCUGAUCGACUCAUUUCUUCUUCUUCUUCUUCUUCUCCCUAACUCUCCUACUUUUCUAUAUGAACUUAGGAGAUCCAAAAUAUUACCAUCAAAACUUUAAUAUAAUCCCUAUGCUGUUACAUUGACUGAAUGUUCAAAAGUCUCAUUUAAACUGCCAGAAACCCUUUAGACUCAAUUAAGCUGCCAUUUUGUGUAAUAUUAUAAGCCAUAAAUUAAAUUUAAGCUUCCGUUGUAUCUAAUAUUUUCUACCCACUAGCUUGUAGAACUAUACCAAACUAAAACUUAAAAAUAUUUAAAACAUAUAACCUUUAAACUGAAAACCUUAACUUCUUAAAAUGUCCCUGCUAUGCUUUCUCAAGCCAUCAUCAAAGUUGGUCUACAAACUUUUAUUUAUUUUAUUAUUUAGAUCCACACGAAGAGGAAAAAUAGUGCCACAAUACCGAGAUUACACUAUUAGGCACAAUACUGAAAUAUCACCCUCAACAGCAUCUCAACUAAUUCAAAUUCAAACUAAUUUACUCUAAUUCAGUUAAGUCAUUUAAAAAAUGCAUGUCAAAAUAUAGAUCUUAUUUUCAUUUAUUUUUUUAUUAUGUAAACGUUGCUUGAGAAAUACAAACAGUUAAUAAGCUAUAAAAUAAGAAACAAAGAAAUGUGUUGGCAGCAAUACAAUAGAGUGCUUUGAUUUUCAUUAUAUAGAGGUAAUGAAGUAAUGUCCACAGAUCUUCACAGAGUGACUGUCAGUCAAACACUCGGCCGGGUACUGAAUUGAGUCUGUGCUCAUACUAGUAAUAAAACUAUAUUGUCAAUUGACAACAAUAUAUAACACAACGCAUAAUAUUAGUCAGUUUUCAACAUUGCUGUUUCACGAUCUCAGUAGAGAGCAUGAGCGUGCUAAACCUCUCAAAAAGCUGAUUUUAUUAAAGGGAAACAUGACAUCUAGAACAACAGCAUCUCUAGAGAAAUAGAGAUGUGAUUUUCUGCUUUGGACACUAGAGAGCGAUGAUGUGCUUGUUACAUUUGCUAAAAUAUCCAGCAGGGCUUUUUGUGUGUGAUACUGUAAAUGCAAUGAUAAAUAUAAAAUAAAAAAUAAAAGAGGAAGAGUAAAUGACAGGCAAAGAAUCACAGUGAAGGGUGUUAGACACUGUUAGACUUUUCCAGGUUUUUUUUUUAUUGUAACUGAAAUAUAAAUUAAAUUUCAUAAUUUUGAAAUAUAAUUAAUUUGCAUUUUUAUCCUACAUUACUACUACUGACAUUCCAAUCAGUUAGACAAAAUGAUUACACAAAACCAUUUUUGUAUUUAAAACAUUUGGUACCGCUCCCUUUUACAGUACAGUAUUUACAGUGUACUUACCUAGAAAGUAC